CCCGUACGCCGGUGUCUCCCUGGGUUGCGCAAGACGCCAUUUUGGAGUGACAGUGAAAAGAUAACGGAAAGAUCGAGAAGCUGUCUUUCUAAAAGCUUCGUCACCAUGGGGAAUAUAUUUACCAGCUUAUUCAAAGGCCUGUUUGGCAAAAAGGAGAUGAGGAUUCUUAUGGUCGGGCUCGAUGCUGCUGGAAAAACAACCAUCCUAUAUAAACUGAAGCUCGGAGAGAUAGUCACCACCAUUCCCACCAUUGGUUUUAACGUUGAAACUGUAGAAUACAAGAACAUCAGCUUCACGGUGUGGGACGUGGGCGGUCAGGACAAAAUCAGGCCGCUGUGGCGCCACUACUUCCAGAACACUCAAGGUGAGGAGAACCGAGUCAGAACAUCAUGGCCUACAGGAGGCCUCAGUGGUGCAUCAACAAUUAGUCAACCAAUGAUUCAGAUGCCAUUGUUCAGAUUGCAGAGGGCUUAUUGUGUGAAAUUGAAUUCUUCAGAUUAUGUGAAGACACUGUCGGGUGUUUCCUUCUGAUGAUGCAACACGCGGGUAGAUUCUCCACUGAGCUGGUAUUUAGUGCUAGUGUUAAAAUGGUUUGUUUCCUGCUGCUCCACCCAGACACCUUUUUAUAUUUUAGCUUCUCCUCAUUCUCCUCGACAAACAUCACCGUCCACACAUUGAGCAUCCAAGUGUGAAAUUGAACAUGUGAAUCCGUCCCUUUGGUGAUGACGGUUAGAAACAGCAUCAUUAAUAUAAAAACAAGUGUUUCAGAGACUGCAUGCCGUACGAGAGAAUAUAUUGGUGCUUCAGGUUUCCCAGCAUGGGUUUUGGGACCACUUACAGGGUCCCAAGAUUAAUCUCAGAGGUCACAAGAUGAUUUAAAGGAUAUGAAAUUGAGAUAUAUAUAUGUGUAUAUAUACAUAUACAUAUAUAUAUGUGUUAGUAAGUUUUCUGGGGAAAUACUCUCACUAGAUAUUCAAAUAAAACAAUCUGAAGUGGAAAGAAAUCCCUCUUUGUUUGAAGUGCUAAAUCAUGUCCUUACUAACGCCAUAAUAAUCUGUGAUGGCGUUCACAAGUAGACUCACAAGCAACAAUAGAAAAGGACUCUACUAUUAGAGUUUUGUAUGCUUUUAUUGACUUUAAUGGAGGCAUGUAGGCAACAUAUCUGCCAGCUGACACCAGACUACUUGGUCUCUUUUUGACCUUUAACUGUCUCUGAUUGGCCAAAAGAAGCAGCAGGUCUUCUGAUUUAAACUUUAAAGACAACACGUGAGAUACUUUUUGUGUUUUUUAGCAGUUUAGAGAGUUAAACCUUAAAUAAUAGUGUGACACCGAUGCUUUCACUGAGGAUUGAUGUAUAUUUUGAUCACAGUAAAGGUCUGUAACUCAACAGUGAUGCUGGUGUCACUCCUUCACAGGCUGCUGCUGUUCGUGUGACGACUUCGUCCAUAAUAAUAACGUGUUUGCACUUCUAGUAAGCUACCGGGAUGAGGAAACACUUACCAACCGUGCUGGUUCAUAAACCAGGAAGCUCACUCUGGAUCCUCUCUUGCUUCAUGUUUUGUCAAAUAGCAACAAAAGAAUCUCACGAGAAACUUUACAGGUUUCACUCCGAGAGUUCCUGGGAGAGCAUAAAGUGUCUGCUUCCUCAACAUGCUGCUUUUACACCAUUUAUAAGAGUCACGGCUCAAGCUGUCGGAUGCAAGAAGUCAAGUGUUUGUCGACUUUAAUUUAAACAGACCUGUAGUUACAGAGUGAGCUUAUUUUAAAUGAGCUGGUUUCUACACUUGAUACCGGAGCUGAGUUUUAGCAGUUUAAAUAUUUGCUUUGUGAGAAUAAUCCUCUAAUGAUUUUGGUUUAUUAUUUAUGGUAAUUGCCACAUAAGAACCAGAGUUUUGUGUUGCACUCUUUCAUAUUUUUUUGUUUUCCAGUCAAAGAGACUUUUAAUCAGCAGGAAGAAUUUGUACCAAAUAAAUUAUCAAGAGAACAAAGUCACAGGUUUUGAUCUGCGAGAAGAAAAAUGAUUCAACAUGUCUGUCUUUUUAACUACUAAUGCGGAUAUAUACUGUUUUUAACUACAAAUACGGAUAUAUAUACUGUGUUUUUAACUAAUACGGAUAUAUACUGUGUUUUUAACUACUGAUACGGAUAUAUACUGUGUUUUUAACUACUGAUACGGAUAUAUACUGUGUUUUUAACUACAGAUGCGGAUA